UUCGGUGACAUUUGAUAGCCGGACCAAAAGCGGAAAAGGAGUGGCCGAAUGACGACAGCGAUGUUUUGCUAAAUGUUAGCCACAGUCGGGUAACUUUGGCUUAUAGUUGGUUUCUUACUCAAAUCCCACUGGAGCUGCCAGAUGAAGCUUGACUCUUUUGCAUAUUUUUAGAUAAAUGUGAUUUUAUUUUAAAACAAACUGAAACAUGAACGGGAGUACGAAUCCGCUGCUGGACAAAGAGGAGCAUGUUUUGAAGCUCGGAGAAAGCUUUGAGAAGAGGCCAAAAUCUUCCUUUCACACCAUCAGAUACGACUUCAAACCAGCGUCAAUCGACACAAGCUGUGAGGGAGAGCUUCAAGUUGGGAAGGGAGAUGAAGUGACCAUCACAUUACCUCACAUCCCGGGCUCCACGCCUCCCAUGACAGUAUUCAAAGGAAACAAGCGGCCGUACCAGAAGGACUGCGUGCUGAUCAUCAACCACGACACCGGGGAAUUCGUACUGGAGAAGCUGAGCAGCAGCAUCCAAGUCAAGAAAACCAGGGCGGAGGGUAGCAGUAAGAUCCAGGCCAGGAUCGAGCAGCAGUCGGUUCGGUCCAGCCAGCCCAGCUCUCAGUUCCGGGCCCCCACCAAACCCGGGGCCGGGGCCAAGACCUCCCCGUCUCCUUCAAAGGAUAAUCCCUCCCCAGAGCCCCAGCUCGAUGACAUCAAGAGAGAGCUGCGAGCGGAGGUGGACGUGAUAGAGCAGAUGAGCAGCAGCGGCAGCAGCAGCUCCUCGGACUCAGCCAGCGCCUCAGGGAGCGGCGACGACAGCAGCAGCAGCGACGGCGAGCACGACGGCCCCCGACCGCUUAGCCAGACGUCCCCAAACCGCCACCCCGUGGCCAACGGAGGAGCCGACCGGCAGCAGGGCAACAACCAGCUCAUGAACACACUCCGAAAUGACCUUCAGCUCAGCGAGUCGGGCAGCGACAGUGACGACGACUGACCUCCCUGCUGGACGAUUCCACGACUUAGUGUUGGAAACAAAAGCGAAUGUGACGUUUUCUGAAAAUGCCAAAGAGUCGAGCUGCCCACAUCUCGUGCAGAGAGCGGGAUCGCAGUGUCACUUUGUGUCGUGUCAGUGUCCAGAUGUAUUCCUUGUCCUGUAUAAUGUUUUCAUUAAUGUGACACAACAACCCACAGACUUCAGACUUCAGUUGGACAGCGUUGUGAUAAAAAUCGAUUGGAUUUUGGGGUCUGGUAAAAAGUGGUCAAAAUUAAAGGGACGUUUCCUUCUUAAUGAUUAGACGGUCGAUGUGUUGUUAUUAGUCCUGAUCGACCUAAUAAAUCUUUGAGGUGAUUUACUUUAAUUCUGUAUGAGGAAAGAGAAACUUUAUGUCAUUACUGUCACAAUUUUGAUUCUAAAUGGAAAAUCAAGGUUUACAUUUUUAAUCAUUCACUGAUGAACAUCAUAGUGAUCAGUCUGGCUGCUUAUCAGGUCUGAUAUUCAGUGUUUUUCCAAUUGAUCUGUAUCUGUGUUGUCUUUAAUUCAAAAAUGCACUUCAUUCCAUCAUUGAUUCGGUCUCUUUGAUCACAUUAAUACCACAUCAGUCGAUCCACAGACCAUUAUACACUUUUUAAAAACCCAAAUGGUUAAUGUGCUGUUUUGAAAAGAAAGCCUCCAAUCACAGGUCACUUUGGAGAGCCUGUCAUACAGCUAAAACAAUCUGCUGUCAUACAAGAUGUUCCUGCUGUUGUACUUUUUUAUCAUUGCUGCAUUUCUCUAAAGCUGCUUGAGGCGAAGUUCGUCUUUGCUUCCCGAGCUGACAGAACAGAGCAGAUUGUGAGUUAGAAGAUGUUCCUGGCCCACCGCGCAGUACUUCAAACCAGACCAGUUUUAAAUAUCCCGAACACAAAGGACCAGUUUUCUCUCUGUAAGACAGUCGACUGUGGGUCCAGCCUGCAUCGCCCAGCAGCUGUUGUCCCGCUCAGUUUUAAGCUUCUGCUGUACUUGAAGUCAAAGUGGAUGUCGAAUGGUGGAAUGAAGCAGCCGCUGAGGCGGGUGGGCGCUAAAGUUCGAUUCUCCACUCGGGUUUUCCUUGAACGCACUCUGAGUGGACUGAGUGUUGUAUUUGGUGCUUCAGUUCUCAUGUUUUUCUGUAGUGCUGCCACUAUGUGAAAUGUGUUUGUACGAAUUUGAAGUGUAUUAAAGGUGUGCAGAUGUAUUCAAAGUGGAUGUUUUCACUGUAGUCUGUUUCUUACUGAGUGCUGAUGAAUCUGUUUUUGAUUGUUCGUUAAUUAAGUGAAGUUGCAGGUUGUAUUGGUAUCAGUAUCACACGAGGAUGUGGUCUGCUCACGUUGGUCUGCUUGUGUUCACUCUUCUAACGUUGAUAACACUAUCAAUAUCACCCUGACAUAAUCUUUUUCUAUCCAGUGAGCAUUCAAACCAAAAAUGUGCAGAUUUCAUUAGAAGUAUUGGCUCACCUUCCUCGUCCUCUUCCUCUUCCUGUCGCUCUCACUCCCCCUCUUCUGUCCUCGCUGCUGCACACCUGCACACCC